UGUCCAUCGAAACGUGGACGGUGGAAUGUGUACACUUGUAUCACAAAAAACAACUAUUUUCAACUGAAGAUUCUCAAUCAGUAGUAGGCGAGCUUCUUUAUUCUCAGAUUUAGAAUACCGGCUUCGUUCGGUGCACGGUGAAAGUGUUCUUUUUGCAUGGAAUGUUCUAAAAGAUCAAAAUGCAAAUUUUUGUUAAAACCUUAACUGGGAAAACCAUCACUCUUGAAGUUGAUGCGGCUGAUUCGAUUGAAAAUGUUAAAGCCAAAAUCCAAGACAAGGAAGGAAUUCCUCCAGAUCAGCAAAGAUUAAUCUUUGCUGGAAAACAACUCGAAGAUGGACGCACACUUUCAGACUAUAACAUUCAGAAAGAAUCAACCCUUCACCUUGUCCUUCGGUUGAGGGGUGGUGCUAAAAAAAGGAAAAAGAAGAAUUAUUCUACCCCCAAAAAAAUCAAGCAUAAGAAAAAGAAAGUCAAGCUUUCUGCCUUGAAGUUUUAUAAGGUUGAUGAAAAUGGCAAAAUCCAUCGAUUGAGAAGAGAAUGCCCGUCCGAACAAUGUGGUGCUGGAGUUUUUAUGGCCGCUAUGGAAGAUAGGCAUUAUUGCGGAAAAUGCGGAUAUACACUUGUAUUUAAUAAACCGGAAGAUGUAUAAGACCAUAAGCUUUUCAUUGUGUUUUACUAAAAAAUUCUAAUUGUAAUAAAUAGUAUUUUUAACUCAA